AUGGACAAGCGAUUUGUACCAGGUAGGGAUCGGUGUAGCUCCUGGUGGCUGCCUCAACCUCGCGAUACCUCUAAGAAGGUGGUUGGUUUGCGUCCUGUGAAGCCUCUUCCACACCUUCACAUUAGCAUGGUUCGAGAGGGCUGUAGGAACCGGCCUUUCUAUACCAUCCAGGUAAAGCCAAGCCAGGCGCACGGAUUGGACCAAGGCAUAGAGCAGAUUGGCUGCUGGGAUCCCUUUCCUAAUCGCGACUAUGGAGAACAAUUGGUGGGGCUGAAUCUGGAACGCAUCCUCUAUUGGGUAGGUCAGGGUGCCCAACCCACGGAACGUGUCUCCGAACUCCUAGGACUCGCUGGCAUUCUCCCCAUCCAUCCCCAUUCGCUUCUCGUUGCGCACCGUACUCGACUUGUAGUAGAAAAGCUGACAAAAGCACGGGAAUCACCCUCAGAGGUAGCAGCAAAGAGCGAAAAGGCGGGGAGUGAUGGGGACCUUGAGAACGAGGUAAAACGUGGAAAUGAGAAAGAAGGUGAAUUCCUUCAAAGAGAGGACUCGGUGUGGCGUAAAAAGUGCCAUGAUGAACGUUGGUGGCGCCACGGCCUGGUUUAA